AUGCAUCGAGUCCUAAACAUUGCAGAGAUUCUACAGAAUAUUUUCUCAUGUUUAAACGAUGGCUACACGGCGCAGACAGGUCUCAAAGGCAACCCGACACUCUACUCGCUCGCUCGGACAUGUCGUGUCUUCAAAGACCCAGCCUUGGACGCGCUUUGGGAGCAUAUCGUCACACUUGAUCCCGUGGUCAAGUGCUUGGGCAAAGAUGCUUGGCAACUCGUUAGCUCACACGUGCCGGAGUCUGUCUUGCAUGAUGAAUCGAGCUUGUACAAAGCUUCAGCUACCCUGACUCGCCCGCUGCUACUCAAAGACUGGGCUAUCAUCCGCAAGUACACCCCUCGCGUCCGGAAGCUGUCCCAGGCACCUAUGGUUCCGUUCUGCCCAGGAGUACUAGAGGCGAUCCUGGCUUCCGGUAUCUCAGGCUACUUUCCCCACGACAUGAAGUUACCCUUGUUUCCAAACAUCAAGUCCCUUGACUGGAGUCAGGUGCUCCCAAAGGACUUGCACUGCUGGUUUGUCCUCUACUCCCCACUAGUUGAAGACGUGAAGAUCGGUGUCGUCGAAACAGUGGAUGCGUAUCAGCUUUUGGGAGACCCUAAAGCAUUCCUUCGUGGGAUAGCAAUUCUGUUUCCUCGUCUGAAAUCAGCGCUGAUCUUCAACUACUGGCGUUUUCCCGGAUGCACCGAGAAUUUCUCGCAGGCCGUUUCCGGCUGGAAGUAUCUGCGCAGCCUUCACUGCGAGGAACUCACUGCCGACGCUAUCGCCCACCUCGCGAGCCUUCCCACCCUAACGAGUCUGACCUUCGCGCUCACACAUAGAACUGGCGUAGACACUGCACGGUCUCGCGUGGCUGGACAGCCCUUCGCCAACCUCACCUCGGUGUCUGUCGUUCUGAACGACUUGGACCUUUUCGCGCAGUUCGUAUCCUUGAUGUCCCUCUCACCGACCGAGGUCGAGCUCUUCAUGCCAGCCAACAAUACCUGUUCGUCGCGCAUCGAAGAUGUCAUCCGCGCGCUCGCAAAGCACGGCACCCGCCGCCACCUCGAGAAGCUCCGGAUCGUCCAAACGGACUACGACGGCCUACCGCGCCUCGGUACCUUCACGCCCCGCGCACAGCUUCUCACGAUCGACUCAUUCCGGCCUCUAUUCAAGUUCAAACACCUACACACCCUGCACAUCGACGGCUUCUGCGCCGUCCAGCUCACCGACACCACCCUGAUCGAGCUCGCGCUCGCCUUCCCCCAUCUCGCCGACUUCCACCUGAACGCCAACUACGGCUGGCAGUGGCCAGGCGACGAGAAGCCCCCCUGCACAUUCUACGCGCUCUACGCGCUCCUCCACCUCUGCCCGCGCCUGCACACGCUCGGCCUCGAGCUCAACGCGGAGAACCUCGCGGGAACAGCGCCCAGCGCCGACGUCCCCGAGGCGUACCGCCGCUUCCCGGUGCCGCCGCCGCCCAACACCGCUAUCACGCACCUCGCGCUCGGCGAGUCGAUGGCGGAGGACGCGCGCGCGGUCGCGGAGCUGCUGCAUGCCGUUAUGCCGAAUCUGGAGAGCAUAUGUGUUUGGGACCCGGAGUCGACGACGCCGGACGACGAUAUGAUGCAUCUGGCGAUUUGCAGAUGGCAGACGGGCAUAUGGCGUGCGGUGGGGGAGAACUUGAAUGUGCUCCGUCGGGGAGGGUUCAGGGGCUCGGGCUCGGGUGAAACAGAGGCACCGGAGAGCGAUGGUGAAUUUGAGGAGGACGAGGAUGAUGACAUUGGCGACGAAAAUGAGGUCAGCGACGAAUAG